AGCGAAAGAUCGAACUGUAUUAGGAACCUACUCCACGGAGACAGAAUGAACCACUCGUAAACACAAACAUCAAAUAAGAGAGCCCCCCCUAUUUUUGUUGCCUACCAACAAACAUUUGACAUAAUAACCACAAAUACACUUUGUCAAAAUUAUAGUGCACACUAAUCGAAAUGGGACCCUAAAUAAAUCUACAAUGUCGGCCGAUUUAGGACAGAGUCCAUCAGAAGAAGCCACAUUACAAUCCAGAGGAUACCAAUUACUUCGGAAAUUGGGAGAGGGAUCUUACGCAAAAGUCUACUUGACGGAAUUUAAAUUGCGGGAGAACUCCGUGGGUGAAAGUACUAAGUCGCCAAGCAAUUUGGCAUGCAAGGUUAUAGAUACAGUAAAAGCUCCGAAGGAUUUUGUGAAGAAAUUUUUACCCCGUGAAUUAGAAAUACUAGUGAAGCUCAAUCAUCCUCAUAUUAUUCACGUGCAUAGUAUUUUUCAAAGAAAAACAAAAUAUUUCAUCUUCAUGCGAUUCGCUGAGCAUGGAGAUUUGUUAGAGUUUAUAUUGAAAAAAGGGUCAAUAUCGGAGCCGCAAGCCAGAGUCUGGAUACGUCAAUUAGCACUUGCGCUUCAGUAUUUACACGAUAUGGAAAUAGCACACAGAGAUUUAAAAUGCGAGAACGCACUGAUAACUAAUAAUUACAAUUUGAAAUUGGCUGAUUUCGGAUUUGCUCGCUAUAUAGUAGAUUGUAAUGGAAAAAAUAUUCCCAGCGAAACGUACUGCGGUUCGUUAUCGUAUGCAGCACCAGAAAUUCUGAGAGGAAUGCCGUACCAUCCGAAAAUUGCGGAUUUGUGGUCUCUGGGAGUUAUCUUGUACAUAAUGUUAAAUAAAGCUAUGCCAUUUGAUGACACAAAUAUUAAAAGGCUAUAUGAACAACAGUCUAAUAAACGUUGGCGUUUUCGGGCCAAAUUUGUAGAUGUACUAAGUGACCAAGUCAAAAAACUAGCGGCGCAUCUUCUAGAACCCGAUAUCGCAAAACGGUGGAGGGUGGAGCAGAUAUUAAACUCGGAUUGGUUGGCGAUGGAUCCUCGAUUAACGCAACUCAACCAUGCCGAACGAUUGGCGAUGCAACAUGCGCAAGAAGAAAGGAAAAAGUAUCUAGAGGGACGAAAGGGCUCCAUUGCCGUCGGAAAGAAAAAAACAUCUGCUGAUGAGAUUACCAUGUUAAAAGAUCCAAAAAACCAACACGACGCGGCCAAAACGGCUAUAAGCUCACCUGGCAUUGUUGAGGAUGAAGACGAAAAGGAGUCUGUCCACAAGAAAAAAUAAAAAGAUAAAAACCUCGAAAACACAACUACAAACAAUAUGAAAAAUACAUUUAAUUUAUCAAUAGCAAAUUUUAUCAAGGGAUGGAUCUCAUGAUGCUGUAGCAUUUCCUCGUUGAAUUUCUAGGCUGAUCCUUUAAUUCACCUGUAAAGUUUAUAAGCAUUUUCCCAGUUGUUUGCGCCAUUGGUCGCUUGGCGGUAUCAUUGAAAACUCCGAAAGUUUCAAGUACAAAAGCAAUAAAUUCAUGGUGUGCAUGGGUUGGUAGAGCAGCCCUGACUGAAACCCCGCCCACUCAAAGAUAAAGACAAAAAUAAAUAAAUAAACUGUACUUAAGGCGUGAUCUGAUGGAUUUUUACAAAACUGUUAAACCUCCGCAAAAGUUUAUUCCGACGGCUAGCUCAUGAUUAAUAAUCUUUAGUGCAAUAACCUUCGAGAGAAGUGGAUUUGUUCUGUAUACCUACCUGAAAAAAAUGUCAACUCAUUAUCUACACCACAGCGUCAGUUAACGGUACUGGAAUCCGAACCGCACUGGAGUGUAGUGGCGGGUCCAGCGUUCAUUUUGUUUCUUGUGUUUUGAAAAGUGUAUUUACAGGUAGUAGUCCUUUUCGUCUUUCUUAUACUUACGAACUAUUAGGCACUGAAUUUAUGUCAGAAUUUGUUGCCCUGAUAUUGAAGCGUGACGUACUUCAAGUUUUUGUUCAAGUACCAUUACCGAGUUGUUUGUUUGUCAUACUGUACCUACACCUGAUUAGGCCACUAUCUUCAUUUAUUUAUGUAUUCAUGUGGGAAUUAUUAUUAGGUGUGUUGUUGCUCUGCACGAUUCGAUUUAACUAUCCCCUGAAGGAAGUAGUACUUUAUACAGUCCAAUUCUUCCCGUACAUCUGAUUCUUUCUUUCUCAUGCCCACUGCCGGAUGGUGUGUAAGCAAUAUGAGAAGGGGGGUCCUCAAAUUUGAUGUUUCUUUGUAUGAGUAUAUUCUGGGAAAAGAGUAAGUACAGCUGGUGACUCGCUGUAUAUGUUGCUCUCUUACUUGUGGCCCGCUGGUCGGCGGUACGUAUAAGAUUUACGAGAAAGAAAGAGACAUUAACAUAUUUCUCCUAUUUAUGCGACUUGCUUGAGCGAAAAUGAACUUUAACAUGAAUACUUACCAUAUUGGCAUUCUCAAGUACUUACUUUAUUCAUAUUAAAUUAUUUGAAGUCUAUGUUGGAGUAUAGCAAUUUGCUUUUAACGUUUUUUUAUGUACAUAUACAAUUUAUAAUUUUACGAGUUGUUUUAUCCAAUCGGUGUUUUUGUACUAAAUUGAUUUAUCAUACUUUCCAUUUUCAUUUAGAUAUUAUGUCUCGUGUAUUUUGUUUUUCUGAAUGGAUUACCUGAUUUUUAUAGUACAAUUUAGAAUGUUUUAUUUGUGCAUUUUUUCUUACAUUUUGCAAUUGGGCUAUGAGGGGGUUUUUGUCCCUAAGAAGGUUUGCCUGGUAUCGCUGGGUUGUGUGCGUAAUAUAUUUUAUUAACGAUUUUCGAGAUCGUUUAUAAUUUUGUAUUGCUGUCUAUCUGCUGAUGUCUGCUAUGCUGAUCUGGUGGGACAGGUGUGUUGUAAAAAUUAUGUAUAUGUGAAGAUCUCGUGGAUCGUUCAGUAUUCAGUUGUAUCAGAUUUUUUGUUCUUGUCUUACGCACAAAAUUCUGUAUUUGAUUCAGAAGUCGCUAAAUGCCAAACUACUGAGUGUGUCGGGUUUGUUCUUUCGAAAAAUUCCACUAAAAACCGAUCAAAUGAAAUUACACUGACAUGAAUAUACUGAAAACAUGUUCAGAAGAGGGAGGAAGAGAAGGAUACCAAGAAAUCGUAUAACACAAAGCAAAAAGACAACACUAAAAAAUCCACGUGAUGAAUUUUGAAGGAAAUUGAGAAACAGAAAAAUAAAGGAGCAUUGUCACAAGACCACAUUAUGCACAUUUACGUUGCCAUAUAUAGUCAUGUGACAGGGCUUUCUUAUUUUGUUCUAGCUAUUUAUGAUCAAUUUUAUUUUUCUUCUUUGUUGUGUGUUCCCUCUGCUAUAGUUGUAAUACUUUUCGUCAAUGCUUUCAGAAUUUCAGAAGCAGGUACAUCCUUUUUUGUUAAUUUUGCACAAUGCAUGAUCUGAACUAAUGUA